UGUGACUAAAAUCACAGCGAGACCGGAUUUGUCAGUCCACCUGCCCUCGCCUGUGUUAGAAGGUGAAGUCUGUGCUGUUGUCGGUGUUUGCGACAAUGAGGCUGCUGAGAGAAACUCUGGGUGUCCUCUUACUGUGGGCCUGUCUGCACUCCGCCGCCUCCGGGGGCUGCUCGUCGUUUUUCUGCCGAAAAUCUCUCCGCGUCAGCGGCCUGAACGGAGUCGACCCCGGUGCCCCUCUCUUUCUCACUCCUUAUCUGGAGAAGGGCGCCAUAGAUGAAGCCAGGAAACUGAGUCUGGUGGGAGACCUGCCAGGAGGCAAUAAGUCAGUCAAGAGUUAUGCUGGAUACCUCACAGUCAACAAAAAAUACAACAGCAACCUCUUCUUUUGGUUCUUCCCUGCUUCCAUGGCAAACCAGGAGAAAGCUCCAGUCCUGCUCUGGCUGCAAGGUGGGCCUGGUGGCACGUCCAUGUUCGGUCUCUUUGUGGAACACGGGCCGUAUGUGGUGUACAAGAACAUGACGGUCGGUCCGAGGGAUUAUGCCUGGACAGCCAGAUAUUCAGUUUUAUACAUUGAUAAUCCAGUCGGAACAGGUUUCAGCUUCACUGAAGAUGACAGAGGUUUCGCUCAGGACCAGGAUGAUGUUGGCAGAGAUUUGUACAGUGCUUUGACACAGUUCUUUCAGAUCUUUCCCGAAUAUCAGUCCAACGAGUUCUACACAACUGGAGAGUCAUAUGCAGGGAAGUAUGUUCCUGCCAUUUCUUACUACAUUCAUAAAAACAACCCUACUGCCAAGGUGAAAAUCAACUUCAAGGGGAUAGCUAUUGGCGAUGGACUCUGUGAUCCAGAGCUGAUGCUGGGUGGCUAUGGUGAGUUCCUGUACCAAACGGGAAUGAUAGAUGAACUCCAAAAACAGUAUGUCGACCAGCAGACAGACCUUGGAGUUAAGCUCAUCCAGCAGGAGAAGUGGGUGGAGGCUUUUGAGGUCUUUGAUCGUUUGCUGAAUGGCGACGUAGAUCCUUAUCCCUCCUUCUUCCAAAACGCAACAGGUUGUACCAACUACUUCAACUACAUGAUAUGUCAGGAGCCUGACGACCAGGAGUACUACUCCCAGUUUGUGACCCUGCCAGAAGUGCGACGUGCCAUCCACGUGGGCAACCUGACGUUCCACGAUGGCUCUGAGGUGGAGAAGCACCUCCUGCAGGAUGUCAUGAAGACCAUCAAACCAUGGCUGGGGGUGCUGAUGGACAACUACAGGGUCUUGAUGUAUAGUGGUCAGCUAGAUGUGAUUGUGGCUGCUCCGCUGACUGAGAGGUUCCUGCUCACUGUGAACUGGACCGGGGCUGCUGAGUACAAAAAAGCCCCUCGCUUCCACUGGAAGGUUCAGCCCACUGACACGGAGGUGGCCGGUUAUGUUCGGCAAGUUGGAGAGUUUUAUCAGGUCAUCAUACGAGGAGGAGGGCACAUUCUGCCUUACGACCAACCACAGAGGUCCUUUGACAUGAUUGACAGAUUCUUGUCAACUCAGGGCUGGAAAUGAAAAGCACCGGUGGAGAAGUGCAACUGUUUGAGCACCUUCACUUUAGAGAGCACAUCGAGCACGGACCGUUGAUUUAAGACUGAUUGUCACAGCUAACUUAAAUCAGGUUUUUGUUUUUUUUUUAACAUUUUUUGCAGAACUUUUUAAAAACCAGAGGAUACAUUUCUUCUAAGCGUGUGCUCUCUGAUGCACACUCUUAGCUUGGAUACAAUAUCUGGAUUGUUGCAAACAGAAAUGGUAAAACUGAUAAAGUGAUAAAUCAGGUUAACGUCUUAAAUUUUUGGGGUUCAUGUCUUUUCUUGGGUCAGUAUGAGUUAACCCUUUAUUGACCAGCCCUUCAAAUUUACCUGUAAAAUGGGCCCACCGGUGGGCCCAUGGUCAAUAAAGGGUUAAUGUAUGUUGUGUGAAAUCAGUGCACACUUCGGAGACAAAAUUCAAUGCAGCCAAAACACAUUUCACUCAUCUCCAGAUUUCUUUUAAACUUGUGCAUAUUUCACACUGAACUGUUAAAUCUUUGUAAAGGCAACCCGAUAAAAUGGUUCAUACAAGUUUUAAAUGAUUUCAUGUAUUGAAGCAAAAGGUUCUAAGCGGUUCUUUGUACCUUCCUGUGCCGCUUAUAAUAACUUUUAUCUUAGUGUAUGCAAAGUGAUUGAAUAAAGCUUGGAGGUGUUUCUGGUCCAACUGCUACCAGUUAUGAAUGCAUGCUUUGUUUUCAUUCACUAAAGGUGGAAUUAUUUUUUUCUAACACAAGUUUGGUUUGUAUUAAAGAACCUUCUUCUUCAAUAUAUCCAAUUCUUUUUAAAGUUUGUUUUGUGAGGUUGCCUUGGUUUUGAGUCCGAUUGUGUUUGAAUGUCUGUCAUAGUCAGAAGGGACUGUAAAGCCUUAAGUGUUGAAAUUACUUGAAAUAAAGAUUUUUCUUUUUUAAAACAUCA